AUGUGUGUCUCGAGAGCUCUUCCUGGUCCUGAAUGGCGUGUUGUUCUUCGGCUGGGCUGGGCGACCUCUGAUUUCUACAUACCUCCCAUGCAUCCGGACAGACGUCGUCAGUAUCGGGCACUGGUGCAAGAAGCCCUUCCACGAUGCCUAAGUGUUCGCGUUGGCGGUCGAGUUGUAAAUCUACCCGAUCCCAUCUUCCAUGGCGGCCAAGCGCAGCGCUUGGGCAAGCGUCUUCGUUUGUCUAUUGAUAUAACGGACAGGGNUCAGUAA